AUGCCGGCCCUGCGAUCCUGCUCGUCUUCCUCCCUCUCUCUGCCUGCUGGGAGCUACAUCUACUCUCUCUGUCCGUCUGGACCAGCGCUCGCAGCCAUCUCUUCGGACAACUCCCUGCGUCGCUUUGAUCGAAACACCCUGAAUCUGCUGCCAGACGGCGUAGUGAGAGACACCCAUCCUGCCGGUGUCAGUUCUCUAUGUCCCGUCGAUGGCGAUGACGGCCUGCUCGCGACCUGUGGCAGAGACGGGACGGUCAAGCUCUGGGACGCCCGCAGUUCUGGUGCAGCAGCUGUCUUUCACGCCGAUAAAGGGAUGCCGCUGCUCUCGUUGGCGUGCAGGUCGCACUCGAUUGUCGCUGGCACAGAGCUGGUCAAGCCUGAUGCCUUUGUGCUCUUCUGGGACAUCCGAUCCCCGGGAAAGACACGCAGCCAAUACGUCGAAAGUCACAACGACGAUGUCACAGAGGUACAAUUCCACCCAUCUCGUCCAUCAGUGCUUCUAUCCGGCAGCACAGACGGACUGGUAAAUAUAUAUGAUACCACCGUGUCAGAGGAAGAAGAUGCCCUGCUACAGGUUGUCAAGCAUAGCUCGAUACACCGUGCCGGGUUCCUGCAUGACACCGCCGUCUACGCGCUCUCUCACGACGAGUUGUUCGCCGUGCAUCCUGUUACAUGCGCCGAUGAGAGCUGUGACGAUGAAGUGAAGCCUGUUGACUUUGGUGAUUUACGGCCAGUGCUCAAGGCAGAGUAUGUUGUGCAGGUGCUGGUUGAUAGAGCAGGGAGCUAUCUUGCUUCUGGCAGGACGAGUGACCGGAGCCUAUCCUUGACACCACUUCUGCACACGCCGGAGUUUCAUUUUGAACAGUCGAAUUCGUGGAUGCUGCCUGGUGCACAUGGAGAGGAGAUAGUGCGCUCCGUAUUCUUCGACAGCGAGUCACGGACGGUCUUUACAUGCGGUGAAGAUGGCCGUGUAAGUGUGUGGAAGGAAGAAUCAGCUUCUGCUCCGGGGAUCGCAUCCACACGGCCGACCAAGCCAUCACGAAAGGAAAAAGGAUAUAAACCAUACUAG